AUGGAGUUGAACACGGACAUCGUUGCCCUCUCCACCUUCUCCAACAUCUCCAACGCCUCGGAGGACAACGGCACUUCCGCCCUGCAGCCCGGGCCCCCCUACCUGCCGGUGGAGGCGGCCUUCAUAGUCCUGGUUGCAGGCUCUCUCAGUCUGGUCACCAUCAUCGGGAACAUCCUGGUCAUGCUUUCAAUCAUAGUCAACAGGAGCCUGCAGACCAUCAACAACUACUUCCUCUUCAGCCUGGCUUGCGCAGACCUCAUCAUCGGCGUGAGUUCCAUGAACCUGUACACGGUCUACAUCGUGAUUGGCUACUGGCCCCUGGGGCCCGUGGUGUGCGACCUGUGGCUGGCCCUGGACUAUGUGGUGAGCAACGCCUCCGUGAUGAACCUCCUCAUCAUCAGCUUCGACCGCUACUUCUGCGUCACCAAGCCGCUCAGCUACCCCAUGAGGAGGACCACCAAGAUGCCGGGCAUGAUGAUCGCGGUGGCCUGGGUGUUGUCCUUCCUGCUGUGGGUGCCGGCCAUCCUGUUCUGGCAGUUCAUCGUGGGGGCGCGCACCGUCCCGGAAAGGGAGUGCUCCAUCCAGUUCCUCUCCAACGCCACCAUCACCUUCAGCACGGCCAUCGCGGCCUUCUACCUGCCCGUGGGCAUCAUGUCGGUCCUGUACUGGCACAUCUCCAGGGCCAGCAGGAGCCGCGUGAAGACGGGGAACUGCGAGCCGUCAGGGCCGAAGAGCCGCCUCACCACGCCCGAAGACGAAGACAACGAGGAAAGGCAGGGCACGGACUGGAGCCGGGACGGGGGGGGCGGGGCCGGGGGCACGGAGGCGGAGACUUCCGAAUCGCACUGGGGCGACCGGGCGCGCUCCGAAGGGCACGCCCGCCCCCACGCCGUCGCCACGGUGACGAGGCAGCCGCCGCCCAGGAGGAAGGCGGCGGCGUCGUCGCGGGAGAAGAAGGUGACGCGCACCAUCAUGGCCAUCCUGGUGGCCUUCGUGGUGACAUGGACGCCCUACAACGUCAUGGUGCUCCUCAACACCGUCUGCCCCACCUGCAUCCCCAAAGCCGCCUGGACCAUGGGCUACUGGCUGUGCUACAUCAACAGCACCGUCAACCCGGCCUGCUAUGCCCUCUGCAACGCCACCUUCAAAAAGACCUUCAAACGACUCCUCCUCCGCCAGUACAAGGACAUUCGCUCGGGUCGAUGA